AUGAUCUACAAUCCGUUGCUCAACGUGCAGCACUCCUCGUUGACGUGUCGACGACUGAGCGCGGUAUCUGGACCACCACUCGGGGCAACAAAGGCACCGUCGAGCACGGACGCGCUUUCGUCAAGAGGGUUGCCGCGAAGUACCAUCGACACGCUCAAGCGCACGGCGGCAACACCCAUGUGUUUGCCAUUGUCGACAACGAGCUUUGGCGACCAGAGCUCAAGCGGCAAACGGUCAAGAGGCGCAAGGAGAAGGCGGGCGACAGUGGCAUGAACGUCCGCGUUCGACUCGAUUCCUUCACCACCGAGCCGACGUUCAUCUCGACGGCGUCGCUCAAGAUCCAGUGUGACACCUUCCCUGCUCCUACCUCGUCACCCGUGGAUCUAGAGAAAGCCGAUGGCAUUAUUUUCUGGUCGUCCCUGCAGAAGAAGCCUGGACCCGAGCCGACCCGAGCCGCCGCGCCCCCGGUCGAGCCGACUCACACCGCCACGAGCACGCAAGCCAAGCCUGCCCAAGCCAAGAAAUCGUCGACGUCAAAGCGCACACUAGCGGGUAAGGAGUACUCCGGGCCGAUUCGUCGUUGCGACUUUCCCAAGAGUUUGCGCGAGCAGCUCCCUCCCUCGCCAGAUGGCAAGAGGAAGCACAGGUCCGCCCAAUUCUUCUCCGACCUGAUGCGCGUCCAAGUCGUCAUCCGGUCCAUCGAGGCGAAGGUGUAUCAGCCUUGCGUCCGAAAUUAUGUCACCCUCUUCACCGACAAUGAUUGGAAGAUCAUUGCCGCCUCCAAGUUGAGAUCGAAUUGAGGAAGAGGGUCACGGGCGUCUUUGCGGGGUUGCACCUCGAUCCGGAUUACAGCACCAAGGCCAAGCAUAAAGACCAAGGCUCAUUCACGAUAAACACACCCAUCGACCCCGUGAACAUCUCGCCCGACACCCAUCGAGCUUAUGCUGCGGGGUACACGAAGGCCGCCAACCCUCAAUGCGGCCCUCGUUUCGCUGGGGUGAGUCUUGGGCACUGUUACCGUGCCGCCUUGAAUGCGGCUUUGAUAUGAUCCGAGGCCAGAGGGUUUGACUAAGCCAGUCUCCACCGUUUAAUCUGCGUUUCAUUCCAGGCCACGGGGGCGUUGAUGACCGCAGUGGACGAGACUCGAGCGGCGGGCCUGACUCUUGGUGCGCACCCUCAAUUCGGGGCGCACUACGUGGACGUGGUCAACUUGAUCGUUCGCGCUAUCCUCGGCUGGAAGGAGAAACUCCCCUACGUCCUCGUCGAAUUCGGCAAACACCUGCUCAAACCCCUCUUGAAGGAGCAAGGACUCCUUUCGGGAUUUCACUCGGACGACGUGCUCUUGACAGAGAAAGGGCAGCAGGUCCUCCUCGAUAUCGUGGUCUCGGCACUUCGCGACACGCCUCAUCCCGUCGCCGAGCACCAAGCAGACUUCCAGAAGACCCUCGAGCGAGUCGACGCGCUCAUCGGCGAAAACCCUGACGGCCCCCACGCAGCCUUUCGAACGGUCUUUGUCAAGCAGGUCUAUACAGGCUGCGGGUCCGAGACAUGUAUAUCCCAUGGGCGCUGCCCACGGGGCAACAGGGGACGUUGCGGGGUCUCGUAGGAGUCAAGUUGACGGACUUUCUGCCAAGCACAAGACUCGCGGCGGCGGCGGGAGCGGCGAAGAUGACGAUGAGGACGAUGAGGACGACGACGAGGACGAAGAAGAAGAAGAAGAGGGCAAUUCAGAGGAAGGAGGAGGGUCCAGGGUCCAGUUCCCAGCGGCUGCCCUGCUUCCCCUCAUGCACCACCUGCUUAUCAGGAGCGGCCAUACGAACGGCAUCGUCCCCGUGAGUUCUGCUAGCCCCUAUUCGCGCUCAAGGCCGUGCAUCUUGCUUACCCUGUUUGUUCCCCACGCAACAUUCAUACUCGCUCAGACACUCGAUUCCAACUUUAUCCAGCGUACCCCUGGAUACCUCGCCACGAUCCUCUCAAACCCAGUUCGCCUCGUGAGAGACCAAGCCAAAUGGCUGUGCAGCAUCGUGCCGGCUCUUGUCAUUGACCGUGGCGCACCCGAAGACCGAUUCCGCUCGCUACGUCAAGAUCGUACGACUUCUCCUCGGCGCUACGGGGGACAAGAUCUUCGACUUUGAUCAAGCCGAUCUUAGGGUGAAGCAAGAAUGGAGCGACGAUGCCCUGGAGAGUGUCCGUGCGAUUCGAGAGAAUUGCUUCGGCUCCCACGUCGCCAAGUUGGAGCAUGGCCCGGAUGCGUCUUUCUUCAGGGUAGACGACUUCAGGGCUUUCGGGCAUCGUCUGGCUGAUGUCUUAUUCAAAGUCGAGAGCAUCCUCCCCUUCCACGAGAUCCCGGCGGGCUCGUGGCAGACGGAUGGCGUGCACGUGCAUCUAGACGUCAUGGAUAUCAGGAGAGUGGCUGAAAACAGUCGAGCGGCGGGACCUUCUAAUAGCGGCGCGUCGAACUCGAUCCGGGAUAGCCUCAUUCGAGCCAUGAGGAAGGCCAAGCAGUGGCAUCGAAUAGGGAAGCCUCCGACCACGCAGGGUGGACUUUAUCGAUCCGCACAAACGCCGUGCCAGCACUACGUCGACGGUGUCAAGGAGACGUUUUUGCUUUCCUGUGUCGAGGGUUCGAACAAGUCGCGUGUAGAGGGGAAACCCCGCGACCGCAUGGACGCUCUCGAGGACAAGCUCAGGGAGGAGGCAACCCAAGCUCGAAAAAAUGCCGAUGACGCAGUUCAAGUGAAAUUCGUCCCUUGGAGGGAGCUGCAAGACGUCCGAAUCGUCAAUGGGGACAUUCACGUACCCACACUCCGCCACGACGGCGCAUUGCGCGAGCUGCUCGAGACGCUGCAGAGCUUCAGCAACAAGAAGUUUCACACCAACGUGAGUGAUCUUAUAUGCCUUGCCUCGGGCUUCAGACGAUUCCAAGUCCGAGACGUCUUGGCGGUCGUUACUCGUUUACUCGGCCUACUUGAAGUCGUCGAUCGAGAGUUGGUACUGAUCGCGGUGCCCCACUACCUGCGCUACACAGCACAGCUUCAAGAGGGACGAUCUCAUCACCGAGUUCAACAAGCGCGAGAACUUCUGGCACGACAUGAAUCACGCUCUGAGCCAGUGCAUCCCUCUCGAUCCUCAGUAAGUCACGCUUUCCUCGCGGUGUCUAUCCGACAACCAGCCCAAGGAGCCUGCUAACAUUCAGCAACACGACAUCCCUUGAUUUUUCUCACUUAGAACAACGUCUGUGUCAUCGUCGUCAUUGUCAUCGUCGUCGUUGUUGGAUAUCAAGUCAUGGGUUGGCAGGUCGCUGGGGAUGGAAGGAUAAGGACGGCACAACAGCUUAGAGAGCGGAUGGUGGGAUGCAACACUCCCACGGCUUGGGUUUGA